AUGGGUGGCCUUGUUCUGCCCGUGAUAACUGCGGUAAACAUAGGCGUCUCCGUUCUCUCCGGCCAAACACCGCGCCCAAAUGCGUGCGCCCACGCCUAUAGCACGCCCACUUUACCUGGAAACACGCAAGCCCAUGCCCGUAUCACCUCUAACAGUUCUCUCCACGCCCACACAACCCUCAACAGUUCUCCUCACCCAAUGGCAACCCUGAAAAGUUCUCACGCCCACACAACCCUGAACAGUUUUUCUCACGCCCACACAACCCUCAACAGUUCUCCUCACGCCCACACAACCCUCAACAGUUCUCACGCCCACACAACCCUCAACAGUUCUCCUCACGCCCACACAACCCUCAACAGUUCUCACGCCCACACAACCCUCAACAGUUCUCCUCACGCCCACACAACCCUCAACAGUUCUCCUCACGCCCACACAAUCCUCAACAAUUCUCCUCACGCGCACACAAUCCUCAACAAUUCUCCUCGCGCCCACACAAUCCUCAACAAUUCUCCUCACGCGCACACAAUCCUCAACAAUUCUCCUCGCACCCACACAAUCCUCAACAAUUCUCCUCGCACCCACACAAUCCUCAACAAUUCUCCUCGCACCCACACAAUCCACAACAAUUCUCCUCACGCCCACACAAUCCUCAACAAUCCUCCUCGCGCCCACACAACCCUCAACAAUUCUCCUCGCGCCCACACAAUCCACGAACCUGUAGUUCUUUGCUGGUUCUUCACCUUGCAGUCCAUAUACAAGCAACUUGGUCUUCACACCCUUAAGUUUGGUUCCUCUGGAGGAUGA